AUGAAAUGCUCGGUAUUCAUUGCCACAAGCUCUGACGGUUAUAUCGCAACCCAUGACGGCGACGUCGGCUGGUUGGACAUCGCGGGAAAGAAGGGCGUCGACAUGGGCGAGCAUGCUGACAUGGGCUUUUUCAGCUACAUGGCGUCCGUGGAUUGCUUGAUCAUGGGUCGAAAAUGCAUGGAAAAGCUUUCCAGCUUCAAUCUGACCCCGGAGCAAUGGCCCUAUGGUGACACUCCGAUUUUCGUGCUCAGCAGAACAUUGAAGGAUGCACCGGGCAACCUCAAAGAUAAGGUAGAGAUGUGCUCUGAGUCGAUUCCAGACCUGAUCUCAAGACUGGAGAGCCAAGGUUUCCAACACGCCUACGUCGACGGUGGCAUGAUCAUCACCUCGUUCCUCAACUUGGGGCUGAUCGAAGAGAUGAUCAUCACCCGAGCCCCGAUUCUCUUGGGCGACGGAAUUCCCCUAUUCGGGAAAACCGAAAAACACAUCCAAUUGGAGAAUGCGCGGGCGGUCGCAUUUCCGAAUGAUUUCGUUCAGCUCAAGUAUACGGUCUCGUACCCGUGA